UUUCUUUUUUUUUUUUUGUCUUAAUUUUCAAUUAAUAAUAUGAAGCUUACGUCUUUAUCUUUAUUAUCAAUUUCAGCACUCUCUGCUUUUGUUAAAGCUGGUCCUUUAGCUGCUUUUGAUCAGUUAAGAAUAUUUGAUUCUUCUAAGCCUGAACUUCGUCUUAUUCAGUAUAGUGAAGAUUCCCCAGCUAAAUGGAUGACUGAGUCUGAUAAAGAAGCUUUGUUUCGUGCAGGUGUAAAGUACAUGGACAUUACAGAACAUCCUACUACUUCUUCUUCUGUUAACCUUCUUUGGCAACCAUAUAUUCCCACCAAAGCAAAGUAUCAAGAUGAGAUUGCUCCAUUUAUUGGAAACUUAACAACUGACUUAAUGAAAGAAGUGUUGAACGAGUUUACUUCUUUCCGUAAUCGUUAUUAUAAAUCCACUUAUGGGGCCAAAUCUUGUCGUUGGUUGAUACAACAAAUUCGAGAUGUUGCAGAGGGAUUUGAUCAUGUCUCUGUAAAAGAAUUUGAACAUUCCUGGAAUCAAUUUUCUAUUGUUGCUCGAUUUGAAGGCUCAAAUAAAGAACUUCAAAACGAAGUUGUUAUUGUAGGUGCUCAUCAAGAUUCUGUUAAUAUGUGGUUACCUAGUUUUGGUCGCUCACCUGGUGCUGAUGAUGAUGGCAGUGGUACUGUUACGAUUCUUGAGGCAUUCCGCAGCUUAGUUCAUAACGGUUUCAAGCCUGAAAGACCCGUUGAAUUCCAUUGGUAUAGUGGUGAAGAAGCCGGCUUAUUAGGCAGUCAAGAUAUUUCAAAUGCAUAUAAACAGGAGGGUAAAAAUGUAGUGGCCAUGUUGCAAAAUGAUAUGACAGGAUAUAUUGGUGCUAAUGGUGAAGUUAUUGGUAUUGUUACCGAUCAUGUUGACGAAAAGUUAACGGAUUUCUUAAAGGAAUUGGUUGAUAAUUAUGCUGAUAUUCCUUAUGUCCUUACUCAAUGUGGUUAUGCUUGUAGUGAUCAUGCUUCAUGGCGUAAACUUGGAUAUCCUUCUGCAUUUACUAUUGAAAGUGCCUUUGAUGAUUCUAAUCACUAUAUUCAUACUACAGGCGAUACAGUUGAUAAGCUCUCAUUUGAUCAUAUGAAAGAAUUUUCAAAGGUUGCCGUUGGGUUUGCUGUUGAAUUGUCUCAUAAACGUGACUAAUGGAUAAAUAAAAAUAAAAAAAAAGGGUUAUUUGUAUUUUACCUUUGUUUGCAAUAAAUUCAGGGACAGCAGCAGUAACUUUUU